GCGGGCCCGGGUGGGGCCGCCUCGUCGAGCCGGGACCCGCCGAGCCGGGACCCGCCGAGCCGGGACCCGCCGCGCGUCCCGGGCGGCAGCGCCAUGUGGCGGCGGGGCCUGCGCUGGGCCCUGGUGCUGCUGGCCCUGCGCGGCGCGGCCGGCGGGCCGCCCAGCUUCCUGCUGCUGCUGGCGGACGACCUGGGCUUCGGGGACCUGGGGAGCUACGGGCACCCUUCGUCCGCCACCCCCAGCCUGGACUGGAUGGCCUCCCGAGGGCUGCGGUUCACCAACUUCUACAGCAGCUCCCCCGUCUGCAGCCCCUCCCGGGCAGCCCUGCUGACCGGCCGGUUCCAGACGCGCUCCGGGGUGUAUCCCGGUGUCUUCAGCCCCGACUCCCGGGGGGGGCUGCCCCUGGCCGAGGUCACCAUCGCAGAGGUGCUGAAGGCCCAGGGCUACGCCACCGCCAUGGUGGGCAAGUGGCACCUUGGCCUGGGCACGAACGGCUCCUUCCUGCCCAUCCACCAGGGCUUUGACCACUUCUUGGGGGUGCCCUACUCCCAUGACCAGGGCCCCUGCCAGAAUCUCACCUGCUUCCCACCUGACAUCAAGUGUUUUGGGACCUGUGACCAAGGCUUAGUGCCAGUCCCACUGUUCUGGAACCAGAGCAUCGUGCAGCAGCCGCUCUCUUUCCCUGAUCUGGUGCCACUCUACAACAAAUUCUCGCAGGACUUCAUCGCUGACUGUGCCCGACGAGGCCUCCCCUUCCUGCUCUACUAUGCCUCCCAUCACACACACUACCCCCAGUUUGCCAGCCAGGAGCACACUGGGCAGUCACGGCGGGGGCCCUUUGGCGACGCGCUCUUGGAGUUUGACAGCUCGGUGGGACACCUGCUGCAGGCCCUGCAGGACAACGGUCUCGCCAACACGACCUUCGUGUUUUUCACCUCUGACAAUGGCCCCUCCACCAUGAGGAUGGCACGUGGAGGCAGCUCUGGCCUUCUGAAGUGUGGGAAGGGCACCACAUACGAAGGUGGCAUGCGGGAACCAGCAGUGGCUUAUUGGCCUGGCCAUAUUGCCCCAGGAGUGACACAUGAGCUGGCAAGCACUCUGGACAUCCUGCCAACCCUGGCUGCCCUGGCUGGAGCACCUCUUCCCAAAGUUGCCCUGGAUGGCUAUGACCUGAGCCCGGUGCUGUUUGGGUCAGGGAAGAGUCCCCGCCAGAUGAUGUUCUUCUACCCACCAUCCCCCGAUCCACUGCGCGGCCCCUUCGCCGUCAGGCUCGGCAAGUACAAGGCCCAUUACUUCACACAAGGCUCCUUUCACAGUGAUACGACCCCAGACCAGGCCUGCCAUGGCCUGACCCCGCUGGCCCCUCACUCGCCCCCACUGCUCUUCGACCUGGAGUCAGACCCUGCUGAGAACUAUGACCUGCUACAGAGUGGUGCAAGCCCAGAGGUGCUGCAGGUCCUGGAGGAGAUCAAGGUGCAGAAAGUGCUAUUUGAGCAGCGCAUGGAGUUUGGGGAAAGCCAGAUCUGGAAGGGCAGGGAUCCUGCCCUGCAGCCCUGCUGCGCACCAGACUGCACCCCAAAGCCUUCCUGCUGCCGCUGCUCCUAGCCUCCUGCUGCUCCAUCUCCCACAGCUGCUCCAUCUCCCACAGCUGCUCCUCACUGGAACCCUGUCCCAAGCCCACCAGACCUCCCCCUACCUUCAACUAACCAAGCUCAGCCUCAGAGCUCCCCCACAGCCUUGGCUCAGUGGUGUCCCUCACUCAUGGGGGGGCUGCCAGCCCUGCUGGGUGUGCAGGGCAGUGAGCCUGUGCUCCACGUUGGGUGUUCAAGCUGAGGCCUUGUUCUGGUUUGAGAGGGCCCAGAUGAGUUGAUGGUACCGACACGAGGACCUAGAGAGAGGGUGUUUAGGACCCUGAGGGAUCCGGGGGACAGAACAGGGAGGGGUCAGCACUCCCCCCCCCAUCUCCUGCCAGUCUAUAAAAGCCAGGAGGAUGUGCAGUCUUCCCCUUCCUGCUCCCUUCUUACUGCUUUGCUGCACUCAGAGGUCUGGGCGGGAGGCUCCUACUUUUUCAUCAGCUCACCAUGUGCCCUCCAGGAUCUGAAUCCAUCGGGUGCUGGGAAGAGCUGUGGGCCCUUCUCCCAAGUCAGCCCUGCCACCAGGGACCCUUGGGCAUUUAUAUUUGCCAUCACUGAGAUCAGGUUCUAAAUCUACGUGUAUAUAUUUGUUCCCAUCUCGUGUUACUGUUCCUUCCCUGCUGCAGUAAACAUUCCAGUUUUACCUUCCAA